CGCGCCACCUCCGCCAAUCCACCGGCGACCUCCGCGCGGCACAGACAAGUGCGCUCUCGAUACACACACCUAGUUCAUUCGUACAAUCGCGAUGCCGAUGGCGGCUAUUCACACGUACCAAAACCUUGGUGUCGAUCAGAAAUUGACGCACCUACAAUCCCAGGCUCCACGGAGAUUAGCACCUGCUCCAGUGGAUCCUAGUCGCUGCAAGAAAAAGUCUUAUCUUCACCAGCCUUAUCCGACUCAACCUGCCUCCGUAGCACGCAGGAACGCUCGGGAGAGGAACAGAGUGAAACAAGUAAACAAUGGUUUUGCGGCAUUACGUCAACACAUCCCAUCAGCUGUCUCUGCAGCCCUAGCUGGAGGAAGAGGAUCUUCACGAAAACUAAGCAAAGUGGAUACUUUAAGACUAGCGGUGGAGUACAUCAAAAGUUUGAAGCGGUUACUAGAGGAGAGCGAAGAAGGAUGCUCCGAGUCUCAGUCAGGAUUAGUCCUGAGUAACAGUGGACAGCACACUCCACCACUAUCUGAAGAGUCCCACUCACCAGCUCCCUCCUUCGUGUCUGAAAGCUCAGCAGGGCCGAGCUGUCAUGAUGCGUACGACUCCUACGAGCCCAUGAGUCCGGAAGAUGAAGAGCUUCUAGACGUUAUAUCGUGGUGGCAGCAACAGUGAUUGAAGGAACCGUACUCUGCGGUGAUCAAAGUGCGGCCAAUCAGCGGCUUGGUGAUUAUGAAAAAACGAGUAAUCCUCAAGAAGGAGCCGAGCAUCGGAGCGCGAGGGCUCCGAGAGAACCUCUAAUUAAGCGCAAUCAGUAUAUUCCUAAUGAGAGGGGAUAAUGGUGGACUGUAACGACCCCAUCGAUGCAUUCCUCCGAGUGACUGAACACCAAACGAAUACCCCCACUGCAUUUCCCACAUCGAUGGAAUAGCACUAAGAAGACUGAAUCGAUCAUUUAUUUGUUCCACUUAAGCAUUUAGUUAUAUUGUAGGUGAUUCCACAUUACGCUGUGCCUUAGUGUAGCCUUACGGAUUACUACUUCCACUUAGAAUGUAAUCUUUACAAUUUUGUUAUUGUUAUCUAGUCAUUAAUAUUUAAGUUUAGUUUAUGUUCAGAUUUAUGAACGCGUCUGUGUACCUUGUCCGUACUAAAGAUCGUUCAUAUUUGUAAAAUAUAAUUUUUGAAAAUCUUGAGACAAAGACUUGUAAUGUAAAUAGAUAAGGUAGCACCCUAAGACAGAUUCCUAAUAUUAUAAGAUUUUUAUGAAUUAGUUAUAUAAAAAUACCAGUAUUCAACCGUUUGGUUGUGUCUGUAAUUAAAUACAUUUUUAUAAAUUCUA